AUGGGGCCGCCAGGUAUUACUGGUACGCAGGGUGAAACUGCCAAACAUAUGUUUGAUAGGAUAGGGAAACAAGUGUACGAAACAGUGAAAAAUGAAGCUGAAAAUUAUAUUAGUGAAUUGGAAGGAAAGUUGUCACAAGCAACACUUUUGGGGGAAAGAGUUAGCAGCCUUAAAACAUGCCAACUUGUAGAGGAUUAUCGUAGUAAGGCUAAUGGUGAUGUUAAAAGGUAUCCGUGCGCUAAUAGAUCACCAGUUCGUUUUUCCGAUGAAAGUCGAAGUCAAUGUACAUAUAAUAGAAUAAAAGAUAAUGAAACCGAUGAUAAUGCAUGUGGCGCCUGCGCGCCGUAUCGACGUUUACAUUUAUGUGAUUAUAAUUUGGAAAAAAUGGGCAAAACGUCGACAACGAAGCAUGAUUUGUUGGCAGAAGUAUGUAUGGCAGCAAAAUACGAAGGGGACUCAAUAAAAACACAUUAUACAAUACAUAAACACACAAAUAAUGAUUCUGCUGCUGAAUUAUGUACUGAGUUGGCACGAAGUUUUGCAGAUAUUGGAGACAUUAUACGAGGAAAAGAUCUGUAUCUCGGUGAUAUAAAAAAAAAGCAAAAUGGAAAAAAAACAGAAAGAGAAAAAUUAGAAGAGAAUUUAAAAAGAAUUUUCGGGAAAAUACAUGAGGACGUGACGAAUGGGAAGAAGGAGGUGCUAAAAACACGCUACAAAGAUAUUAAUGAUCCAGAAUUUUUUAAAUUACGAGAAGAUUGGUGGACUGCGAAUCGCGCCACAGUAUGGAAAGCCAUCACAUGUCAUGCAGGAGAAAGUGAUAAAUAUUUUCGAAACACAUGCAAUGAUAGUGAACAUAGUGGAACUUUUUCUCAACCUAAUAAAUACUGCCGGUGUAACGGCGACAAACCAGGUGAAGACAAGGCAAAUGUCGAUCCCCCAACCUAUUUUGAUUAUGUGCCGCAGUAUCUUCGCUGGUUCGAGGAAUGGGCAGAAGAUUUUUGUAGAAUAAGGAAACAUAAAUUAAAAAAUGCUAAAGAACAAUGUCGUGAAAAAUAUAAAAGUGGUACGGAUCGAUAUUGUAGCCGUAAUGGCUACGAUUGCACACAAACUAUUAGAGGAAGAAACAUUCUUGUCUCCGAUUCGGAAUGUACUAACUGCUCUGUUGUAUGCACUCCUUUUGUAAAAUGGAUAGAGAACAAAAAACUGGAAUUUGAAAAACAAAAAGGAAAAUAUACAAAAGAAAUAGAAAAAGCAAACGGAACAUCAAACGGAACAACAAUAAGAACUCAAUAUGGAACAAUUAAUAAUAUGUAUAGAAAAGAUUUUUAUCAACAACUACAAAGUGGCUAUGGAGAUGUCAAUGCUUUUUUAGAAUUGUUAAAUAAAGAAACAACAUGCAAAGAUCACCCUAAAGUGGAAGAAAAAUCUGAUAUUGAUUUCAAUGAAGGUACUGAAAAAACAUUUUCUCAUACGGAAUAUUGCGAAACCUGUCCGUGGUGUGCUACCAAAAAAAAAGGAAUUGAUGGAAACUGGGAAGAACAAAAGUAUGAAGAAGGAUGCGAAAACUAUUUAAUGAAACCCAUUGAUGAAAGUAAAAGUACUGAUAUUGAUUUGCUUGUCAAGGAUACGUCAGGAACAACUAUGGUGGAGAAACUAGGAGGUUUGUGUAACGAUUCUUCUAAAAGAACUGUUCAAAUGGAAAAUUGGCAAUGUCAUUAUGAAAAAAAAAGUCAAUAUGAAGAUGGUUUUGAUAAGGAUUAUUGUGUACUAAAAGAUGACAAAAAAAAAAAACCAGAACAUAGGACAAUUAAAUCCUAUUAUACCUUAUUUCCAAAUUGGAUAAAUGAAAUGUUAAAAGAUUCGAUAGAUUGGAGUAAAGAACUUAAAACCUGUAUAAAUAAUGAAAAACCAACUAAUUGUAUACGUGAGUGUAAAAGUAAAUGCGAUUGUUUUAAAAAAUGGGUUGUACAAAAAGAACAAGAAUGGAAACAAUUAGAAGAACACUAUGAAAAAGAAAAUUUUAGUGGAGAUUUUGGUCCAAGAAUUAGUCCUUAUGUGACUCUUGAAGGGAAUUUACAAUACAGUUAUUUGGAAAUGAUUCGAAAGUAUUAUGCACAAGAAAAACCCGUACAAGAAAUUGAACAAAUAAUUGAAAAAAAUAAGAACAAUUUCGAAGUUAAAGAAGAUGAUAAUUCAAUAACCAAGUUCUUACAGCAAGAAAAAGGAAUUGCCACCAAAUGCAUAGAAAAACAGGAAGAAUGCAAGCAACAAAAAAAACAACAACGACAAAAACAACCCGCCGAUAAAGUUGUCUCCCGCUCCGGCGCCUCACCCGACACCGCCUCACCCGACACUAAGGCCACUGAGGAAAAGGAAGAAGAAGAAGAGGAAGAAGAAGAAGAGGACCUCGGCGAGGAGUCGGAGGAGCCGGAGGACCAAGCGGUGGUAGACCAGGAUGGGCAGGGGGAGACCACAGAAAAGAAGGUACCGGCGACCACAGAAGAGGGAUCACCAAAAGAAACAACAACACCAGAGAAGUCAGUAGACGUUUGCAAAACGGUGGCCGAACUAUUUAGUAACGUGGACAAUCUGAAAGAAGCCUGCACACAAAAAUAUGGCGGAAAUAACUCACGUUUAGGUUGGAAGUGCAUACCAACUAGUGGUGGUGAAAAAGCCACAGGUGGUAGUGGUGAAUCCACUGGUAGUGAUGCCACCACCGGUGGUAGUAUUUGUGUGCCACCGCGAAGACGACGAUUAUAUGUCACACCACUAACGAAGUGGGCAACUAACAUGGAGGCGACAGAAGCACAAGCGGGUGGUGACGAGGCCACGGAGGCGUCAGUACCACUAGGUGACGGCGUGUCGAAAAACCCCAAAGAGGCACUACUCAAAGCAUUUGUUGAGUCUGCAGCGGUAGAAACUUUUUUCUUGUGGCAUAGAUAUAAAAAAAUAAAAGACAAAGAGAAAAAAGAAAAAGAAGAACGAGAACGGGAAAAUGCAGGACUUGACCCCUUCGGCGGUAGCGUCGACGAUGAGGCAUCUACACCUGACCCUCAAACACAAUUACAAAGUGGUACCAUACCCCCCGAUUUUUUGCGACAGAUGUUUUAUACAUUAGGUGAUUAUAGAGAUAUAUGCAUAGGUGGUGACCGCGAUAUCGUGGGCGACACUAUUGUUAGUAACAAAGAGGGUGGUACCCCUACAAAAAUAUCGGAUAAAAUAAAAGAAAUUUUAGAAAAAGUUGACAAAAAACAACCUGAUAAACAAAAUAGUGGCACAACCCCUAAAACCUGGUGGGAAGAAAAUGGUCCUCAUAUCUGGAAUGCUAUGGUAUGUGCUUUAACAUAUAAAGAUAAUGGCGACAAAGGCAAACCACAAGUGGAUGACACUGUGCACUCACAACUUUGGGACACCACCAAGAACAAACCCAAAAACCGCCAAUACGAAUACGACCAAGUCAAACUCGACGAAAAUAGUGGUACCGGCCCCAAAAGCAACGACCCCAUCAACAACCCCACGUUAAAAGAGUUUAUUUCUCGCCCCCCCUACUUCCGAUACCUUGAAGAAUGGGGAGAAACAUUUUGUCGACAAAGGGCGCGGAUGUUGAAACAAGUGGAAAAAAAUUGCACACAACAUGGUAAAAAACAAUAUAGUGGGGAUGGGGAAUAUUGUGACAAGAUUCAUAAGGAUCCUACUACACUUCCGGAUUUAGGUUACAGUUGUCCCAAAUCUUGUAGUUCUUAUAGAAAAUGGAUAGAAAGAAAAAAAACACAAUAUGAGAAACAAGAAAAGGCAUAUAACAAUCAAAAAGCGAAUGUUCAAAAUAAUAAUGAUAAUGGAUUUUGUGGAACACUAGAAAGGGAGGCUGCAGCAUUUUUAAAUAGCUUAAAAAACGGACCAUGUAAAAAGGAGAAUGGAAAGGAUAAUGAUGAGUAUGAAAUAAAAUUUGAUGAUAAAGAGAAAACAUUUAAACACGCAAAAUAUUGUGAUCCAUGUCCUAAAUUUAAAGUUGAUUGUAAAAAUGGUAAAUGCGAUAAUGAUAAAGGAGGGGAUUGCAAUGGUAUAAAGACUAUUGAUGCAAAAAAUUUUGAAACAAUGGUAAAACCUACUGAAGAAAUUGUUAUGCGUGUGAGUGAUAAUAGUGGAAAUAAAUUUAAUGAUUUAAGCGAUUGUCAAAAUGCAGGUAUAUUUGAAGGCAUUAAAGAAAAUAAAUAUAAAUGUGGUAAUGUAUGUGGUUAUGUUGUAUGUAAAUCGGAAAAUGGCAAUGGGGAAAAAGUCAAUGGGAUAGAAAAUCAAAACAAAAUUAUAACAAUUAGAGGUUUGGUUGCACAUUGGGUACAAUAUUUUUUAGAAGAUUAUAAUAAAAUUAAACAUAAAAUUUCACAUUGUAUAAAUAAUGGUGAGGUAUCCAAAUGUAUAAAAGAUUGUGUGAAAAAAUGGGUAGAAGAAAAAGAGAAAGAAUGGAAAAAACUAAAAGAACAUUACCAAAAACAAUAUGGUUAUAAUAAUUCAGGGGAAUCUUACCCAGUGAGAAGUAUUUUGGAGCAAUUCCAAUCUGGAACUGAAUUUAAAAACGCUAUAAAACCUUGUGGAACAUUACAACAGUUCGAGAGUUUUUGUGGUCUUAAUGGCGAUGAGAGCUCAAAAAAGGAAAAUGGUAAUGAGGAUGCGGUACAAUGUUUGCUUAAAAAUCUUGGCAAUGAAGCUAAAAAGUGUGAAGAGAAACAACAAACUAGUGGCAUCCCCGAGGCACCGUGUGUUAACCACACCCCCCUUGAAGAUGACGAUGAGGAACCCUAUGAGGACUUACUCCUUCAAGAAACAGAAGAAAAACCAGAGGAGGCAAAAAAGAACAUGAUGCCGAAAAUUUGUAAAGAUGUGGUACAAGAAGCAGAAACAGUGGUAGAAAGCGGUUGUGUCCCAGCAAAAACACCGGAAGCACCAGCGGCAUCACCAGCACCAAAAGAACCACCAGCACCUAGUGAAGGCACAAAGGAACGUCCAUCUCCACCAGAAAAAAAAGCACCGUUACCAAAAGAAGAGAAAACCAAACCAAAACGAUCACUAACCCCAACAGACGACCCAUGGGAACCCCUGAAAAAUGCCAUGUUAUCUUCGACGAUCAUGUGGAGUAUUGGCAUUGGUUUUGCUACAUUCACUUAUUUUUAUCUAAAGAAAAAAACUAAACGCCUUGUGGACCUUUUCAGUGUUAUUAAUAUCCCCAAAAGUGAUUAUGAUAUACCGACAAAACUUUCACCCAAUAGAUAUAUACCUUAUACUAGUGGUAAAUACAGAGGCAAACGGUACAUUUACCUUGAAGGAGAUAGUGGAACAGAUAGUGGUUACACCGAUCAUUAUAGUGAUAUAACUUCCUCUUCCGAAAGUGAAUAUGAAGAAUUGGAUAUUAAUGAUAUAUAUGUACCAGGUAGUCCUAAAUAUAAAACGUUGAUAGAAGUGGUACUAGAACCUAGUGGUAACAACACAACAGCUAGUGGUAAAAACACACCUAGUGAUACACAAAAUGAUAUACAAAGUGAUGAUAUACCUAGUAGUAAAAUUACAGAUAAUGAGUGGAAUACAUUGAAAGAUGAUUUUAUAUAUAAUAUGUUACAAAAUGAACCAAAUGAUAUACCAAAUGAUUAUACAAGUGGAGAUAUUCCUUUAAACACACAACCGAAUACUUUAUAUAUUGAUAAACCUGAUGAGAAACCUUUUAUUACUUCUAUUCAUGAUAGAAAUUUAUAUACUGGAGAAGAAUAUAGUUAUAAUGUUAAUAUGGUUAAUAGUAUGGAUGAUAUUCCAAUUAAUCGUGAUAAUAAUGUUUAUAGUGGUAUAGAUUUAAUUAAUGACACGUUAAGUGGUAACCAUAAUGUUGAUAUUUAUGAUGAAGUUUUGAAAAGAAAAGAAAAUGAAUUAUUUGGAAUAAAUCAUAAAAAACAUACAACAAUUAACCGUUUCGCCAAACCUGCACGUGACGACCCCCUACACAACCAACUAAAUUUGUUUCAUACAUGGUUAGAUAGACAUAGAGAUAUGUGUGAACAAUGGAAUAAUAAAGAGGAAGUAUUAGAUAAAUUAAAAGAAGAGUGGGAAAAUGAGACACAUAGUGGUAACACUCACCCUAGUGAUAGUAACAAAACGUUGAAUACUGAUGUUUCUAUACAGAUAGAUAUGAAUAAUCCCAAAACUACAAAUGAGUUUACAUAUGUGGAUAGUAACCCCAACCAAGUGGAUGACACCUACGUGGAUAGUAACCCUGACAAUUCUUCCAUGGAUACUAUCUUGGAGGAUCUGGACAAACCAUUUAAUGAACCCUACUAUUAUGAUAUGUAUGACGAUGAUAUUUAUUAUGAUGUAAAUGAUGAUAAUGAUAUAUCAACUGUGGAUACUAAUGCUAUGGAUGUUCCUAGUAAAGUACAAAUUGAAAUGGAUGUAAAUACCAAAUUAGUGAAAGAGAAAUAUCCUAUAUCGGAUGUGUGGGAUAUAUAA